AUCGACGGGACGUCAUCGGUCGUCAGAUCUCCCGUACAUAGUCAAGCCAUUUCGACAUGGACAGUCACGGCGCAGCUCGCACUUCUCGAACCGCCCGAACUGAAGAACAACGACAGCAAGAUCUCGACAAGAUAAAAAAGUACCACGAACUUGAAGAAUCUAUCCGCACUCGUGCCUCCACUGAAAACUACGACACCACCCUCUUCCAACUCACUUCUAAACUACUCCGUCUAAAUCCCGAAUAUUAUACGAUAUGGAACGUCCGUCGCCGCUGUCUAAUCUCUGGAUUAUUAUCAAGACCCUCGGAUGGGUCAUCGCCCUCGAAGGAGUCACCGAAUACUUCUCGGAGCGCCACUAUGAAUCCAUCUUCAGAAUACUCCUUACCACCAUCCUCGGAUGCGAUCCCGCAACGCCGAGGCUCCCCGACAGCUGGGAAGAGUGGUACUACAGUUGACGGCGAGGAAGAGAAGACUACGAAUUCGGACGUCGAAGUCAUAAAGUCCGAACUUGCAUUCACCAUCCCGCUUCUUCUCGAAUUUCCUAAGUGCUACUGGAUUUGGAAGUAUCGUAAAUGGCUUCUCGAGCAAGCUAUCGUACGACUACCCACCACGGCCGCCCGCAAGAUCUGGGAGGCCGAACUUGCUCUGGCAUCUAAGAUGUUGACUAAAGAUCGACGCAAUUUCCACGCAUGGGGCUACAGGCGGUACGUAGUAGCCGCGCUGGAGAGCCCUUCCCUCGGUGGACAGAGCAUGGUCGAAGACGAGUUCGCCUACACCACCGGGAAGAUCUCCGCCGACCUAUCUAAUUUCUCGGCCUGGCAUAAUCGGAGCCAGCUCAUGCUACGUCUUUUGGAGGAACGAGGCGCGGACGACGCGGCAAGGAAGGCAUUCCUCGAGGAAGAGCUCAGCUUUGUCCGAGACGCUCUCAACGUCGGCCCGGAAGACCAGAGCCUAUGGUACUACCACCAAUAUAUGGUGUCGCAGAUCGUCAACCACGCCAGCGAACAUGCCAUAGCGCCAGCUCUGACGAUUGGCGAGAGGGUAGCCUACGUGAAGGAGGAGAUUGAACAGAUAAAGGACCUGCUGGAGGAUUACGAUGACGUGAAAUGGAUUUACGAGUCUCUGCUCGAGUAUACCAUCGCCUUAAAACGGCUCGGAGAACAAGGGAACGAAGAUAUCCAGAUCGAAGACCCUAGCAAGUGGCUAGCGAAAGUCCGAUCACUAGACCCGAUGCGAGCAGGGAGAUGGAACGACGUAGAGAAGCAGUUGGCACAUAUUAGCAUUAGAUAAUAUGAAUGACAAAUGCUACCCGACUUUCCACGACUUUCUAGUCGCCUCUAAUAGUUCUAACUCGAUAUCAUACAGGUAUCGUUCCGUUGCAUUUACCCACGACUAGGCUCGCACCCGCUCCGACCAAGCCGUCGAAGUACGCGAGCAGAGUCUCUGCGGGUAUCAUAUCGAGCAAUCCGAGGGUGGGAUUCGAAGACUUUAGCGUUUUCCCUCCGAACAGGACUCUUAU